AUGACCAAAAUUGACUCCCGUCUCAAUGUGACCCCGGUUGCCCCGGAUGAGAUCUUCGCCCUGAACGCUGCCUACUUCGCCGACGCCGACCCGCAGAAGGUCAGCUUGGGCGUUGGUGUCUACCGGACCGACGAUGGCAAGCCCUGGCCCCUUCCUACCGUCCAAAAGGCCGAGAAGGCGCUCGUCGCGGACGACGACCUCAUGCGCCACGAAUACACCGCCAUCGAGGGUGACGUGCCUUUCCUCCCAAUUGCCCGUGAUCUGAUGUUCGGAUUCGAGGGCAAGCAGAGCGAGGAAGAGGCCAAGGCUCGCAUUGGUACCGUGCAGACCGUCGCCGGUACCGGUGCCAACCACCUCGGUGCUCUGUUCCUCGCCCACCACAUGAAGCCCCGCAGCGUCUGGCUUUCCAACCCCUCCUGGGCCAACCACCAGACCAUCUGGGACCUGGCCGGCGUUCCCCGCAAGACAUACCCGUACUACCAUGCCGCGACCCGGUCCUUCGACUUUGAGGGUAUGAUCAACACCCUGGAAUCCGAGGCUGAGGAGGGUGAUGCUGUGCUCCUGCACGCUUGUGCACACAACCCCACCGGUCUGGACCCCAACAAGGAGCAGUGGGUUGCCAUUGCCGAUCUUUGCGAGCGCAAGAAGCUCUUCCCCUUCUUUGACUCGGCCUACCAGGGCUUUGCCUCGGGUUCCCCCGAGGAAGACGCCUGGGCCGUCCGUUACUUCUUUAACAACAAGCCUGACAUGGAGAUGUGCGUGGCCCAGAGCUUCUCUAAGAACUUUGGUCUUUACGGCCAGCGUGUUGGUGCUUUCCACUACUGUCUCAACCGCAGCUCGACUAGUAUUCGUGACGUUGUCGUUGGCAACCUUUGCCAUCUCAUCCGUGGCGAGUUCUCCAUGGGCCCCCGUAGCGGUUGCAGCAUCGUCAAGAAGAUCCUCACCAGUGAGGAGCUUACUGCCGAAUGGUACCAGGACCUGCAGGUCAUGAGCUCGCGCAUUAAGACCAUGCGCCGGGCUCUUUACGAUGAGCUUGUCCGCCUGCAGACUCCUGGCACUUGGGAACACAUUAUCGACCAGUCUGGCAUGUUCUCCUACACUGGCCUCACCCCCAAACAGGUUUAUGCUUUGAAGGACAAGUACCACAUCUACCUGCUCAAGUCUGGCCGUGCCUCCAUCAGUGGCUUGAGCCAGAAGAAUGUCGCAUAUGUCGCACAGGCGAUUGACGAUGUGAUUCGCAACGAGAAUUAA